CUCAGAAUGUGACAUAACCUAUUUUUAAUGUUAUUUUAUAGUACUAUAAGGUACUAUAUUAUUUUUGUACGUAUAUUUGGUAAAAUGCCAAGAAUAACUAUGGAUUUGUUGCGUAAACGUUCAGAACACAAUGAAGGUGAAAUUUCAACGUUGGAAGAGAUUUCGCUACACCAGGAAAAUAUCGAGAGAAUUGAAUUACUUAAUCAAGCUUGUCGAAAUUUGAAGAUUCUACUAUUACAAUACAACCUCAUAUCUAAGAUAGAAAAUCUUCACAAACUAAAGCAACUUGAGUAUCUUAAUUUAGCAUUAAAUAAUAUUGAAAUUAUUGAAAAUUUAGAAGGUUUGGAAAGCUUAAAGAAGUUAGAUCUUACGAUAAAUUUCAUUGGUAAUUUAAAAGGAGUUAAGACUUUAAGGCACAAUCAGCAUCUGGAGCAAUUGAUCCUGAGUGGCAAUCCAUGCUGCGAUUACGACGGAUAUCGCGACUACGUAGUAGCAACGUUGCCACAGUUAAAGGAGCUCGAUAUGGUUCAAAUCGAGCGCUCGGAGAGGAUCAAGGCCUUACAACGGUAUGCCGAGCUACAAGAUAAUAUUCUUCGUGAUUAUUGGAAAUACGCAGAUUUUAGGGAGACACAAAAAUCUUCUCGUGUGAAAAUUACUGAAAUUGAAAAUCAGCAGAAUAAAAAGGAAGAAAAUGAGGACGAUGAUGCAAAAUUCUGGAGUGCUCCGAGUCAUCAUACACCGGAAGAUCGUAUUGCAAUUGCUAAUAAAAUUAUGAAAAGAGAGAAGCAACAAGAUAAUAAGCACUUUGAACAGCAAAAGAAGAAAUAUGUGCCAAAAUUUUUUAAUCCUGAAGGAAAACCAUACAAUAUUAAUCAACCAAAGAUUUCAUUUUUACUUAAUGAUGAAGAUGAUCGUGAACAUAUAACUUUAGAUGUUGCUAUAUACAAGCAUCUCGACACAUCUUAUGUUGAUGUGGAUGUACAACCAAAUUAUAUUCGUGUAAUGAUAAAAGGAAAAAUCUUGCAAUUGGUGUUGCCUUGCGAAGUAGUCACGGAUAGCAGUAUCGCUCAACGUAAUGUUAUCACAGGCAAUCUCUUAGUAAUUAUGCCGAGAAUACAGAAACUCACAAAACUAGGAAGCCCACUCAUUUCCAUUUCUAGUAAGAAUACAAACAAAAAGAAUAAGUUGAGUAUAAGAGCUGCGAGCGAAGUGACGAAACGAGAAUUAUUAGAAAUUGGACCCCCUAAAAAUAACUUUAAAGAUUUACUUGAAAUCGUUAAAGAAAAGAACAAACUUCAAGAAAAUUUAAUAAUAAAGGAUAACGAUUUUAAGGAUGAUCCGAAUGUACCUCUACUAGAGUAA